GCGAGAGUCUAGAUUGUGUUUCGUUUCUCCGCUUUGGUCCUGUUGUAAAGAUAAGUGUAAGGUAAUUGUGUGUGCAGUUUUUAAACUCCGAACUGCUUUAAAUGUUUUGCUACUUAAACGAGACACUUUAAGACUUGAAAGAAAACUACCAAACUUGUCUUUCGGUCGGAAACACAUGCACAUAGUCCUCCGUAGCAUUACGUGUUUACUUAGGCAGAGGUCUUCACGGGUUUUCCUACUGAAUCCAGUCAGCAGACAGGAUCCACACACAAUGUUUUCAGUGUCUUCUAAAAGCAGAGCGCCAUCAUCCACUUAUAAAAUGCAGCUUUCAGAAGACAGCUGGACAUUGAAGUAUGUCACCGGCGACCUGUUUUCUUGCCCACGGGACGAAUCAUUGGCCCACUGCAUCAGUGAGGACAUCCGCAUGGGGGCAGGAAUAGCAGUGAUGUUCAAGAAGAAGUUCGGCGAAGUGUCGACGUUAAAGGAGCAGAAGAAGGUGCCAGGGCAAUGUGCUGUCCUGACACAUGAUCGACGUUUCAUCUAUUACCUGAUCACAAAGACAAAAGCCAGCCACAAACCCACAUAUGACAACCUGAGAAAGAGUCUGGAAGACAUGAAGUCUCAUUGCUUACAGAAUGGUGUCAAAAGGAUAUCAAUACCUCGAAUUGGGUGUGGCCUGGACCGAUUGCAGUGGCGAAGGGUGUCACAGAUACUGGAGCAGGUCUUCAAAGAGACGGAUAUCACCAUAACAGUGUACAGUCUGCCCAAGAAAGCAGAGACCACAGUGAUGAAGGAAAAUAUGCGAUGAUUUAUGGUUUUCAUAAUUAUUAUUGGCAGAGUUCACUGUAUGCACUUUUCUCCAUUAUUCCUAAAGCAUGAAGUCAUGAGAUUUACCAGUUGGCAGGCGGCUUCUUGGUUCCAAACCAAAUAGAUAUACAUUAUAGAGUGUCCAGUUCAAUUCCUGGGUCUUGUUUGGUAACAUCCAAAAUUAUGUUUUGUGGCAAAACUAAGAAAUGCAAGGAAAUUGUAGAAUUUACUUUUCCAGAUACCAGAGGAUGGUGUCUGUGAACAGGUAAAGUUUAUCCUUUUGAAAUAAAAUAAAGCUAAUUCUCAGAAACCAUGGUCUUAACUAAAUAGUGUGUAAAGUUUAUUUAUGAAGUGAUUUUCAAAGUCACAAAAUGCUGCACAAGAUACAUCACAUAUAGAAAAUAUAAAAACAAGCAAUAAAGUCAUGGCAAAAAGAUUGGGGAAAAAAAGUGUUUUCAGGUUAAUAUUAAAAAUCUCCACAAGGUUGGCAAACUGUUCAGCAGUUUUGGUUUACAGAUUCACAGGAAAGCUAAAUCUUCAAGAAUUGUGUAGUUUCACAAUAAAUGUUUUUGUCAAAAAAAAAAAAAAGUAGGCAUAACUAUUGUAUUUUACCUGCGUAAUGUUCCUUUUGGAGCACUGUUUGUAUCUUUAUA